CUUUUGAACCUGAUGAGAAUUCCCUGGAACCGCGAUUUCAGCAAACUUCGUCUAGUGGAGUUACCGAUUGAGUGACGGGCCCUAAAUAUCUGCAACGCCUUCCGCAGAAUCGAUUAAUUUUUCCCUCAGGAGUAAGUGUGUCACGUUGUUGAAGUUAUACAAGGGAUUCCGUCAUCAUUGUGGAUCGCUCGCUGAAGUUGGACGUGAAGUUACUCUAAUUGAAAUAGCAGGAUGAAAGGUUGAUAGUUAUGAAGUUUUUGAUCCGUCGUGGCGCGUGGCCUCCGUCACUGAGCAGAGCGACACUACGCAUAGCAAGUCCGUGGUGUGCUUUUCUGCCAGCAUUUCCGCCGCAAAAACGCACAGGGCCAUUUCUUCGGUUGAAACUUACUCCUGUGGGAAAAUUGUAUCGAUUCUGCGGAAGGCGUUUCAGAUAUUUAGGGCCUGUUACUCUUUUGGCUAAUUUAUCCUUCGAUAUUCUAUUCCCAUAGACGUAAAAAGAAAGAACGUUGUAUUCUUCAUAUAAGAUUCUUUUGGAAAUUUCCACACACACGGCGAGCUUUUCGUUGGAUGACAUCAUUGAAGUUCAUGAGCAUCAGCAUUUCCGCCACGAAAAUUUACCGGCGGUUCUUUUUUGGAAAGAAAAUUUCUCGGCGGCUUUCGAAGCAGCAAUAAGUUCCCCGGAAAAUUAAAUUUUAUUACAGUACAGUAUAUCGUUAGGCAUUUCCAUAGCUGAUAGCUUAAACUGUGAGCGACUGUUCAUUAUGCGGAGUUCAAGCGUUGUAAAAGGUUUAUUUGAUAUGUUCGUCAGUUAAAUUCAUUCGAACAGGAUUUUGAUGGCAAUAAUGAUUUUAACUUAAUGUUAAUGAUGAGUGGUUUUCUUCAUCUUUUCACGCUUGUGGCUCGAGAAUGGGCUCAAAUUCUGAUCAGUUUCACCAGCGAUGAGAGGCACAGAUCGUUGUCUGCAAUUGUUAGCCUCUUAUACCAAUUCUACCUUUGAAGCUUACCUACACUUUCUGGAUUUCUCGAUCUAUUUGCAUUUGCUGAGAGUUCCAUAAUUGUUUUUCUUUGUGGCCCAGCUGUUGUACAGUACUGUACAGGUAGGCCUUGCAGAUAAUUGUGGCAUCUGACCUUCAUGCUCUCAUUUCUGAUUCCUUGUAAUAGUCAUAUGCUUGAUGAAAUUGUAAGAUCCAAUCGCUAAGCUGGCCUCGGAUUGUUUUAAAUCUCAAAUGGUUUAUUGUAAUCAGAUUCUUACCGCUCUGCUUGUUCAUCCUCCAGGAAUUUUCCAGGUGCAGUACUGUUGGAGGAUUAGAUGCUGGGUUUUUGUAUUAUGCAUUGCUGUUAAGCGGUUGUGCACCUCAAGUAAAGACCUGUGAUGUGAUCCAAUUCUAAUGCAGCAAAAACUUCUGGAAAAACUCGCUCGAGUAUGACGCAAAACUGAUUUUUUGGGGAAAACUGUGUGGGACCAACAUAAGUGAAGUAUGAAUGGAUUCGGAUUCCUGGUUAUUGCUGCACUAGCAUUGCAGCUCUUGGUGAAGGCCUACCCAACUUCCCUUAUAGCACCCAGCAACUACAUCAACUAUGAAGAAGAUCCUUUAUUCGCGAUGCUGCGCCAGAAAAUUGAACGGGGGGAGAUUGACAUGGAAUCAAAUUUUUUCAUGGACAAAAGCAGAUUUCAAGUGCACCAUGACCCGGAAUGGCCUCCGGAACCUCUUGACAUCCAACCUUUGGGACACAUUUCUGCGGUCGACACGGAUUUGAAGGGAAAUCCCGUGAUUUUCCACCGGGCGGAAAGAUCUUGGUCCUCUCACAACAAACCACCGGUCAUAGAGGGGAACACGAUCGCGGUUCUGGAUAAAAAUAGCGGCAAAGUGCUCAGCACAUGGGGAAACAAUACGUUCCACGUCCCCCAUGGACUCACCAUCGAUCACCGUGGCAAUGUUUGGGUCACUGACACUGGCACGCACCAAAUUUUCAAGUUUGCCCCGGGCUCAACGAAACCCGCUCUGGUUUUGGGAGAGAAAUUCAUAUCAGGAACUGAUUCCAGUCAUUUCUGCAGACCGACUGACGUCGCAGUUGCCACAAAUGGAUACUUUUUCGUUUCUGAUGGAUACUGCAACAAAAGGGUCAUGAAAUUCGAUCACGACGGAAAAUUUGUCAGGGAGUACACCCACGAUAUGGACGUGAUACAUGAUUUAGCAUUGAUCGAAGAACGCGACGCCAUCUGUGCGGCUGACAGAGAAAAUGGAAGAGUGGUUUGCUUCCAGGCGAGUUUGAGGCCUUCGGAAGCCGGUGAUUCAACCGACAUCAGCAACGAGCCCCUGGCGAUUCUCCCCGUAUCUGAGUCCCUGGGCGCCGUUUUUGCCAUCAGCAACCUGGGUCCUGCAAUUUUUGCAGUUCGUCAGCCGCGUGUCUCCAACAAGGAGCCGCCAAAUGGAGUGGUGCUAAGCUUUGACAAGGGCGAAAUUAUCGACACUUGGCAGAGAGAUGCUUCAGAAGAAAACGGAAGUUUCCUGAUGAAUCCUCACGACGUCGUUGUCUCAAAAGACGGGAAAACAGUUUAUGUUGCUGAGAUUGGCCCGAAUCGUCUAUCAAAGUUCAACAUCAAGCACUAAUGAGAAAAAUAAGUCAUCUUUGCCAGCCUUGAAUCGCCGACAUUUGCAAACCAGCAAGCAGUCGGGCGGCGAAAGUGCCGGUGCUGGUAAUUGGCCCUUUAGGAGUUCUGUGAAAAACGAGAAGAAACGAGAGGGUAUUAAUUGAAAAGCAUUGUUGGAUCUCAUAUUCCAUGCGUCGUGUUCAAGGUGGCAUAGACCUGAGGAAAAAGCUUUGAAUGUCUGGUUGUUUUCUGAAUCGCGGUGCUGCUUUCAGAAUUCCGAGUUCCCCGUAAUGGGAGAAGGACUUUUGUUGUGUGAGAUUGAUGACAGAAAAUGAAAUGCCGCGCGAAGUGAUUCGUUGCUGUUACGCACUUUUUGUUUUUAAUUUUUCCUGUGAAAUCCUUUGGGUCUUGUGUUUCAGAAAGUGAAGUCGAUUUCUAGUCAUAUCGAAUGAAUUCCAAUAAAUAAAUCCCCGCGCAUCUUUGAAUUUCUCCCAAAUGUUGUAGUCGAAGUAUGUACGAUUGCGCAAAAGUUGAUGGUUUCCAAAAGCAGUCCAACAAACAGAAAAAAAUGUCUGUAGGAUUUAGGGAAUUUUGUACAAGCAAGAAUCCCUAAAUUCUAAUAAAUUGGCAUCAUCCAGAAACCCCACCAGCACUGCGCUACCAGCACAUUUCUCAAUGCCUCAUCAAAGAAAUAGUUUGCUGUGCACUUAUUCUGCUGUGUAUUAGUAAUUUGGUCUUGUAUCUGAAUAAAAUAUAUUCUUGGAACGAA